UUGCUCGCCGGGAUUUGAAGUCGGGGCGGACGGGGCGGCUCGCGCACGGAAGGGGUGGGGGGGGGCGAUUCAUUCUCCUCCUCCCGUCACCCGCCCCCUCCCCACCCCUGGCCUUGCGCGUGGGGCGGCUCGUGGAAUUGGUGAAGGAAAAGCUUGCUUUUAAUGACAUACUUAUCACGUGUUGAGAAACAAGUCAGUAAACCUGGCCAAAAGCUAAUGUCGUCAGAAAAACCAAGAGAAAGUCCAGAGGUGCCAACGGAAAAUACCAUGUCCCCUGAAGUCCCUAAUGUGGAAGGAAAGGUGAAUUCAAGUGACAGUCCAGUAGAGAGACGGGAAGCAGGCUCAGACAGGGAAGAAUGCCUUGAGCCCAUGUCCAAGAGGCAAAGGAAGAAGCUAUUGAGGCAGAAACAGUGGGAAGAACAGAAAGAUCUACGGAGGCAGAAACGAAAAGAAAAACGCCAGAAAAGAAAACUAGAACGUCGGUCAAAAUUGGACUCCGGUAACGAAGGGAGUGACAGGAAGCGUAUGCGCAGGGAAGUUGUUCCUAGUACACUUCGCCUCAUUGUGGAUUGCAGCUUUGAUGACUUGAUGGUGCUAAAGGAUGUUAAGAAGCUUCACAAGCAAAUUCAGAGAUGUUAUGCAGAAAACCGCAAAGCGUUUCAUCCUGUACAGUUUUACUUGACCAGCCAUGGGGGACAGCUGAGGAGCAACAUGAACGAGAAUGACAAAGGAUGGGUGAACUGGAAGGAUAUCCAAAUUAGAACAGAGCACUAUAGUGAGCUAAUAAAGAAAGAAGACCUAGUAUAUCUUACCUCAGAUUCCCCAGAUAUUCUCAGUGAGCUUGAUGAGAAGAAAGCCUAUGUGAUUGGAGGACUGGUAGAUCACAAUCACCACAAGGGCAUUACUUACAAAAAAGCUGUAGAGCAGGGAAUUGGUCAUGCACAGCUCCCACUUGGAAACUUUGUCAAGAUGAACAGUCGGAAAGUGUUAGCUGUCAACCAUGUGUUUGAGAUCAUCCUUGCGUACCUGGAGAAGAGGGACUGGAAGGAGGCCUUUUUCAGUGUCUUGCCACAGCGGAAGGGGGCUGUUCCUUUGGGAGAAGCCAAUGAUUUGUCCAAACAUUCUCUGUCUGGAAAAGAAGAUGAAGACAAUGACUUGGACAGCAACUAGGCUUCAGGAUGAGACGAUGGGAAAGAUGAGACGCACGGUUCAUGGGAUAAAACUGGGAUAUGAAGUAGUUGCACUCCAAAGACCAUCUGCUGCCCUUGUGAUACUGAGUUGUCUCAACGCUGGGUCAUUCCAUAGUUGGCCCGGACCUGUUUCUGGACAUGAAGGGUAAAGAUAAAUGCAGUUUUUUUACCCUGAAACUUACAUAUUAAUAGCUUUUAAAGAAAAAUAAAUUAAUGGCAAAUGCAGAGUUUAUUUUGUUUCCCAAGGAAGCUGUUUAGUUUUUUUUAUAUAUAUAUUUUUUUUUAUACUUGGGUGUAUUACCCAAGAGCAUGAGUAGUUACUAUUUUAAUGUACGCAUUCUUCUCCAUUUCUGCUCUAAGUUUUCUUAAAAGCAGUGAAUGACAAAUGUUCCUGUGACCUCAGAACCUGUACCACUAGUGCCUGUUGCGAAGUGUGCAUGAGCACUCAAACAAAUACAAUUUCUAACUUUCCUGAGCAUCUCAACAGACAGUCACAAGCAACUGAGCUGCCUUUAUCAGCUGAGGCACACCGAGUUACAUAUCGUGUUUAGUUAGCUGGGGUCAGUAGAUGAAAUGUGAGUGUGAGGUUAAGCCAAUGCUUUAUAUUUAGGCCUGAGUGGGAUGGAUGUCUGUGCAUGCACAGGUCAUGUGCCUUGGUUGGCACGUGGUGCACGUUGAGUUGAGGUGACACAAUUACUUUUGAUUACUUCUUGAUCCUCUUUGCAAAAUCUUUGCAAAAUUUAUCAGUCAGCCUCAGAACAAUGCCAGGAGACUGGAACUGUUUCUUAGAAGUCACUGGUUCAGUUUCAGUGUACCUGUUUUAUCACAUGAUCCUUGUAUGUGUUGUAUUGUCUGUCAAAUAUUUUUCCUUUUAAAAAAAAAAGUGAUAGUCUCAGUCUUGGUUGGAUGUUCUGAUUCAGCUUAUUUCUAACGGACUUAAGUGCUUUUGAAAAGUACUGAAAUGUACCCAUUUUUAUUCCUCCCUCUGUUACUACUGCUUUCAAAUGGAGACUAGAAGUGGGAUCCCUACAGGUCCUUAAGGUCUGUAAAGGGUUGGCAACGAGCUGGUGAUGAAUUUAUAUGCUCGGUGCACUUCUUUCUAUACUUUGUAAACCACAGAAAAGUUAAUUCUGUUAAAAGUAUGGAUUCUGGUUUUUUGCUCAAGUAAUGUGGGUUUUUUGGUUAGGCUUUACAAAAAUAUGACUGCUUUUAUUCCAGGAAAGAUCACCUUUUUCAUAAAAGCAUUGCUGUUUUUAUUUCUAUAACAAAAAGUGCAGCAUAAGUAUACCCAACAUGUAUUAAACUGUUUCUCUGAUAGAAAUGUGCAAAGCAGUGAAAUUACAAGGAGUUACCUCUUUAUAGCUGAGGUUCUGCAUGUUAAUGCACAUAGCACCUAUUAAACCUGAUGGAAGACUC